AUGACAAUAUAUUUGCAAACAUUGGCCAACAACGUUAACAAUCAUCAACAACAACAGCAGCAAUAUGACAGUAAAAGAUGGACAAAAACGACGAAAAUAUGUUGGUAUGUCAGAAUAUAUUCUUCUUUAUUACAGCCUGAACGCAUACGUUUACGUGACAGUCAUUACAAGAACGCUUUGCAUUAUUGCGCGGCCCAUUCCGGAGACCUCGUGGCUGCUGCUAGUAUUGCCGUCGCAGCUCCAGAAUUACUGGAGUCUGCUGACGAAGAUGGCUUCACACCGCUACACUUGGCUGUUAUUCAGGGCAACUUGGCAAUGGUCAAUUUGCUGCUAGCGAACAAAGCCGAUGUGAAUGCGGUGGAUAAAGAAGGUCAUUCGGUGGUACACUGGGCCACAGUUUGUGGUGAGGUGGGUGCCUUAAGAUCAGUUCUGGCGGCUGGAGCUAAUGUUACCACGCCCGAUAUUAAUGGUGGCUCGCCUUUGCAUUAUGCCGCCCAAAUGUGUGGUGCCAGUUAUGAGGGCAAAUUGAGUCAAACAAAUUCCUCCAAAUUGGCUUUAGAGAUUUUGGGCAUUUUGCUAGCUCAUCCUCAAUGUAGUGUAGAUGUUCAGGAUAAAGAUGGUCGCCAGCCUUUAUUGUGGGCAGCUUCAGCAGGUUCCGCUAAGGCUGUAAUAGCUUUGGUAAAGGCUGGUGCUAGAGUAGAAAGUGCAGACAAGGAUGGUUUGACGGCUUUGCAUUGUGCUGCCUCUCGGGGACAUACCGAAUGCAUAGACACCUUAAUAAGUUUAUGUGGAGCUCCCACUGAUCUAAUCGAUACCAAUGGCUGUACAGCUUUACACUAUGCUGUUACGUUGGGUCAUGCCGACGCCACCUCACGUUUAUUAGAUUUUGAGGCUGAUCCCAAUCGCCAGGAUCGUAAGGGACGCACACCUGCCCAUUGUGGUUGUGCUAAGGGACAAUUUGAAACGGUUAAAUUGCUAAAAGAACGCAAUGCAAAUUUAUGGCUACGCAAUGCCAAAGGAGAUCUUCCAUUACAUGAAGCUGCCACUUCGGGUCGACGUGAGUUAGUGGAAUGGUUGCUGGAGCAGAGGCCCAAGCAAGUCAAUACCACCAGCAAUGAUGGUCGCUCUAUGCUGCAUAUAGCAGCUCAUAAUGACUAUACAGAUAUGUGUAAAAUGUUGCUGGAUUAUGGAGCGGACGUUAAUGCUGUGUACCGCAAUUCCAAGGGUGUUGUUAUAACUCCUUUAGAUUGUUCCUUGCAGAAAGGUCAUCGUUCGACUGCUAAAUUUCUACAGUCUCAUGGAGGUUUACCAGCGGGCAAGUUGCGCUUGGCUGCCCGACGUUCUAACCCUUUUACUAAUACUUCCGUUGAAGUUAUAAAACCCUUGAAAUAUGCCGAAAAAGAGGAAAUUCAUGAUUUGACAAAUUCCAAAAAGUAUGUAGUGUAUUUGAAACGUUCCGAUUCGGAAGCAGGUGAAGAAGCCAAUUGCAGCUGCACUGAGCAAACGUAUCGAAGAGAGCAGCGUUAUGCCCAUACGUGUCGACGUCAUCAACGACAUAAACGUCAUCAUUUGAGAAGGCGUACUAGCAGUUGUGGUGAUUCCUUGGAGUUCAAUGAUGAUUGUAGUAAUAUUUGUCGCUCUAAAAGCAACAUAGAAAUAAGACGCCGCAAAUCCCGGGAGAGAUACUCCAGUUCUAGUGAAUGGGAGGCCGAAGAUGAUGAAGAAGAUUCUUGUGAGAAUUGUUGCUAUCACAAACGUAGAAAGCAAAGGGUUAUACAACGAAAAAGAUCAACACCUUCCAAAAAAUCACGUAACUCUCAAGAUCCCGAGGAUAAGGAUAAAUCAGAAGACAAAGAAGAAGAAAAAAGUUCCUCAAAACCAAGUUCCCAAGAAAAGGAGGACAAAAAGGAAGCGGAUAAGGAUGUAGAAAAUAAAGCAAAUGUACCUGAUGUAGUUGAUGCCGCCAAAUCAAGGCCAAAUUCCACAACAAAAAGUCAAGAGGCUUUAACCGACAAAGAUGCUAUACCAUCCACUCCCCAAACAGCUAAAGAAGGUACUUUUAUAAAAACUCCACCAGAGACACCACAAACUAGUAAAGAAAGUACAAGUUUGGAGGCGCCAAUAGGAAGUGCCGCAGUGGAAUUGACGGAUGAAGAAGAACAAACGCAAGUGACAAUGGAAAAUAUACAGGCGGAAGUGCAAGUUCAUCGUGCUGCAGAUGAUAUGGAGUCAAAAGAACAAGAAGAUAAAACAGAAGUUGAAAAACAAGAACAAAUUCAAGGCGAAGAAACCAAAAAGGAAGAAGAUGUAAAAGAAGAACAACUUUCCAAAGAACAAACCAAAUCCUUAGAGACAACAAGCUCUUCAGCCAAUAAAGAAGCAGAACCAAGAAAGGAGGAUGUAACAGAAGCACAAAAUGAAAAGAACGAAUUGGAAGAGGAAGGAAAGGAGUUAAAGGAAGAAGAGGGUGAUUCUCUUGAUAUAAAGGACAGCAUGGAAACGGUAAUAGAAGUAAAACAAAAACUCGAGGAAACAAAAGAUAGCGAAGCCCAAAUAACCAAUGAACCAAAGCAGGAAACAAAAGUAGAUGAUACUAAACAAGAAACUAAAGCCGAAACACUUCCAAAAUCUUCCGAAGAUGAUAGAGAAACCAAGACGGUAACUGAAAAGACCGAAGCAGCUCUAGCUAAUGAAAACAAAUCCACAGAAAUAACUUCCAAAACAACUACACCGCCUCCAGCAACAACAGCUACCUCAGUUGAAACAAAACCAAACGAAGAUAAAAAACCAACAGACGAAGCUAAACCCAAAGCCGAAAAGAGAGCUAGUAUAAGUCAAGAGAACAUCAAUGCUGCUGCCAAGUCUUCUGAAAAUCGUUCCGAGAAUAUAGCAACUAAAAGUAGCACACCACAAGCCGAGCGUGAACAAGAAUCAAGACGUUCAUUUACUCUCUUACCUUCAGACUCGGCUGAAGAUGAAAUGGAAAUGGAAUCCGAAGAACCGGAGCGCAAAUCCAGUUUUCAAGUGCUUAAAAGUGAUGAAUCUGUGUUAGAAGUAGAGGAGUCUCCCUCACCACGCGAAGACCAUGAUUUAAGUGAUAACACAGUUUUUAAAGUACUCACAGAACCAUUAACCUCACCACUCUAUGAAGUCGACUCCAGCAAAUCGGAGGCUUUAAUGGGUAGAGCUAGUCAAGAGCUAGAUGAGGAUGUAGAGCAGGAACGUAACUAUAGAAUCGAGGAUGCUGCCGCAAGUCCUUAUGACUAUAGCACUGGACGUAAACGACGUUUAAAGAAACGUGUGAAAAGUGGUGUUAAAACUCGGGGCGGCAGUAAUUGGAAACGUGCCGAGGGUGAGGUUGGAGAAAUGCAGCAAAAUACCAGAGAUCAAGACUCAGGUUUUGAACCAAGUCCACGCACCAUGAAAAGUAAAAUACCAACACCACGUAACGUAUACACUGCCCAUAUACCACGCCGUCCCUUGUACACAACCUUAGAUGGACGUUCGUGCAGCAGCCGUCUUGAGAAUCGUAAGCUGGGCGAUAAGGGAGCUUGUGAUAUGUCGGCAGUAACGAGAUCUAUACAACGCAAUAUAAGAAGGUAUUAUAUGGAACGUAAGAUCUUUCAACAUUUGCUGGAAUUAAAGUCACUGCAAAUACGCUCAAAUAAACUGAACGAAGCUGUUUUGGUUAAACGCGCCGUAGAUGAUUAUCAUAAAUCGUGUGCCGCUCUGGGCGGUGAGACAGGCACACGUUUGCGUCGUUAUAAUUUUAGUGAAUAUACUUUUAAAAAUUUCGAAUUGUUCCUUUAUGAAACGCUUAAGGCUUUGCAGAAACCGGGCACUUAUAAUUUUCAGAAUAUCAAUGAAGUUUAUGAGGAGGCUGAAAGACGUUUAAGUCCUGAUUAUAAUGCAUACGAAAAGGCGUUGCAGUGUACUACACGAACACAUCGUUGUCUGCAUGCAGCUCAUGCAUAUACCGGAAUACCUUGUGCCGCAUACAUUCCCAUGAUGAAUCAUCACACAAUGCCAAAAUUUGGUUUUGGACCAUAUAAAAAAACCGGUGUGGGUAGUUUUUAUCUACCCAAAAUUCUUACAACUGGCACCGCCUGCAAUGGCAAAGUCGCCCUCGAAUUGUCACACGGCAAGAGUAAACAAUUAAUAUCACUGCCAUCGGAAAAACUCGACAGUAAUAAAAGAUAUUUUGUUACAUUUACCGUUAAGGAAACGGACAAACAGCAGCAACAAGGUGCCUCAGCCAACGGUUGUGACAGCAAAACUGGUACAUCAGCCGUCAAUUGUACAUCAGCUUCCGAGGAUAAGUAAUCAAAUAAGAAAAUGAAUUAUAAAAUUGUUAUUGUAUACUUAGAAAUUGUUUAAAAUUAACUAAGUUAAAU